ACAGAAAUUAGACAUAUGUUAACAAGAAAAAAAAUGGCUGAAAAAGAAAGAAAUAAAGAUUUUGUUUCCUCUUUGUUUUUCUUACAACGAAGACAUUUGAAAUUUAUUAUAGCGGUUUAUUUUGUUUGUAUGAUAACUAUAGUUUUGUCUACUGAUGAGAAAAAUUGUAAUGGUGUUACUUGCUAUAAUGGAAAUUGUACACAAAAUGCGAAAAAUAACACAGUCUGUCAGUGUUUUGACGGAUGGACGGGGAGUUCUUGUUCACUGUGUAUUGGGAGGAUAAAAUUAACAUCAAAUUCGGGUAUUAUAACAGAUGGGCAAGGUAAUUAUUCUGUUGAUAACAAAUGCAUGUGGCUGGUGGAGCCGGACUCCGGGGGAUUGCCAUUAAGACUGACAACUACACAAUUUGCUACAGAGUGCGGAUGGGAUCAUUUGUAUAUAUUUGAUGGAGAUUCUCUAUACUCACCAUUAAUAGCUGCAUACAGUGGAUUAGUACAGCCAUAUGUUAAUGCCAGCAAUGACAUUGAAGAGAUUGUGGCUCAUUCCGGAAAGGCUUAUAUGUACUUCUACAGUGAUGCCGCAUAUAACAUGACUGGAUUUACCAUACAAUACAGUGUAAGCAAUUGUCCUAAGAACUGUUCCGGACAUGGUGAAUGUGUAAAUUCAACAUGUAUUUGUGACACUGGAUAUAUAGGUGAAACAUGUUGGACAGAACUGUGCCCAAAUAAUUGUUCAGGAAAUGGAGUAUGUAAUAAAGAUACUGGCAGAUGUCUUUGUAAUCGACAAUAUAAAGGUUUGGACUGUAGUACCGAGGUAUGGGAGGAAUCAUGGACAAGAUAUGAGGAUGAAACAUCCCCAGCAGGUAGGGCCUCAUCAGCCUCUGUUGUCAUUGGAGAUGAACUUGUUAUAUCUGGUGGUUACGCCUUCGGUCAGUCAGUCGAUUUUCUCAUCAUGUACAAUGUUACAGCUAACACAUGGCAGACUGUUACACCCCUAUCUACAGACAAUCCAGAAUUCUUGUAUGGGCAUUCCAUGAUACUUUAUAAUGAUUGUUUAUAUUUGUAUGGUGGGGUAUCUGGGCAACAUAUUGAAAGUCGUCUGUGGAUUUACAAUAUAACACAGCAGAGAUGGUCAUAUGAACAGUUUAAUGAAACCGAUGCCAUAUCUGGUCAUACUGCAGUUGUUGUAAACAGUACCAUGUAUAUUAUUUUUGGACACAGUCCGAUAUAUGGUUACAGGAACAAAGUGAGAGAGUUGAGAUUAGACUCUAAUGAUUUGAAUAUAAAAACUGUGAAAACAAACGGAGCUCUUGUUAAAGGUGGUUACGGACAUACAAGCGUGUAUUAUCAUCGGACAAAGGAGAUAUAUGUAUAUGGAGGUUACAUCUCGGGAGUUAGCAGUAAUCUCUACUCACUCACAGAUAAACUCUACUCUUUUAACCCUGUCAAUAAACAUUGGAAAAUUCUUGCCAGUAGCGGCUCUGUGCGUUACUUACAUUCUGCGGCAUGGUUAGGGGACCUAAUGCUAGUGUUUGGAGGGAACACACACAAUGAUACAUCAAUAAGUCUCGGUGCAAAAUGCUACUCUCCAGACUUCAUGGCAUAUGAUCCAGAGUGCAAUUCAUGGAGAUAUCUGGAUUCUAUCGACAUUUUACCAAAUGGUGCUAGAUAUGGACACAUUGCUCAAGCUGUCACAAGCUCGGACAAAAAGAGAGAGUUGAUGUAUAUUUUUGGAGGGUUCACUGGUAUAAUGGAAAAUGAUAUUUUGAUAUAUGAGCCAGGUGCAUGUACAUAUACAAACAAAACAUCGUGUGUUACAAGUUUUCCUGGAAGAGUAUGUGCAUGGACUGACUAUGGCUGUGAUGAUCUAUUGUCUGCAAGAGAUGGCGUACUGGCAGGGCUAACAACUGAUAUUACAAGAGACAAGUGUGAGCCUUUAAAAGAUGCUGCACGUUAUUGUAGUCAACAGAAGUCAUGUGGUUCCUGUCUGUCAACAGCAUAUGACUGUAAAUGGUGCUCUAACAACUGUACCUCUUCAUGCUCACCCACUGAAAAGUAUAAAGUGACAGAUGUUCAAGAUUGUCCACUCAAGUACAACUCUAUAUGUAACAAGUUAAACAACUGCCAUGCUUGUUUAGAACAUGAUGAAUGUGUCUGGAACAAGGGAGAGAAAUUAUGCAGCUUCAGUCAGCAAGGACAGGAUGCCAUUCAUGACAAAGAUAGUGGACAGGAUACCAAGAAAGAGAUGUGCGAUACUCCAUGUUAUCUUCAUUCAUCGUGUGAGAAUUGUACCCACAAUGCCUGCAUGUGGUGUGGCUCGCAGCAGCGAUGUGUUGAGACCAAUUCUUACGUUGCAUCAUUCUUGUACGGCCAAUGUCAAGAGUGGGUUACUGAUAAUAAAAAAUGCCAUGCAACAAGAUGUUCAGAUCUCUACACAUGUGAAGAUUGUAAGUCUAAUCCAGCAUGUGGCUGGUGUAAUGACGCCAGUAACACGGGUCUAGGCAAGUGUGUUCGAGGGGCGGCAUCUGGGCCCGUAUCUAAGGACAAUACUACACAAAAAUAUCAAGUGGACAUGUCUAUAUGUCCUGCUGAUAGAUGGCAUUUUAUCAAAUGUCCAUUAUGUCAAUGUAAUGGACACAGUACAUGCCAGGUCUUGCCAAACAAAUGUGAUGCAUGUCAGAAUCUGACAGAAGGGGAACACUGUGACAUUUGUAAGGAAGGUUUCUAUGGUAACCCAAAAAAUGGCGGCAACUGUACAGCAUGUAGUUGUAAUGGUCAGGCUGACUCAUGUAACCGAGAAUCAGGAUCUUGUUUCUGUCGUACACGUGGUGUGAAAGGAGACCACUGUAAUAUAUGUGACUUUCAAAAUAAUUAUUUUGGCAACCCUAAUGAUGGAGGCACAUGCUAUUAUGAUUUGAGGACAGAUUAUCAGUUUACAUUCAACCUGUCUAAACCAGAGGAUGGACACUAUACAGGGAUUAAUUUCAUGAACAUACCUGUGGCUAAUGACAGAGAUGUAGACUUUACUCUUAACUGUUCAGUGGAGGCCUAUAUUAACAUAACCUGGAAAUCUAAAUCACAUCCGCAAGAACAGUACAAGACAAGAGAGUACAGAUGUACCUAUUUUAGGUCGAAGUUUGAACACAAAGAUUAUAACUUUGGACCAGAUGAUAAUGUGACCUUCUUUGUCUAUGUUUAUGGAUUUAAAACACCAUUCUGGUUACAGAUCUCAUUUUCACAGUUCCCAAAGAUUGACCUUGUGCACUUCUUUGUUACAUUCUUCAGUUGUUUUCUGACAUUACUGAUCAUAGCUGCUGUGUUGUAUAAAGUGAAACACAAGUAUGAUAGCUACAGACGUAGACAGCGAAUGAUAGUUGAAAUGGAAGAGAUGGCCAGUAGACCAUUUGCUACAGCAGUACUAGAAAUAGAAAGACGUGUAGAGAAUAUAGGAGCGGAGAAAAAAGAUGUUAAUCCAGAUCUCAGGAAAAGGAAACGAUUAUCAAAUAAACCAGGACAGGUAGCAUUAGAACCAUUACACAACCAGAAAGCUGCAGUAUUGUCAUUAUUUAUACAGUUACCAUGUGGUGACGAGGAGUGGUCGCCGCCUGGUUCUACAGGACUGGCAAUAGGCAGUGCUUUAGUUUCAUUUGGACACCAAAGAAAACAGAGUGCAGAGUUGGUAAAAUCAGAGAAAACGAAACACAAGAAACAUGCAUUUUCAAUACAUGACACCAAUGUCUAGGAUUAAUUAUUUACGUUUUUACUUCACCAUUCCAUAGACACGCAAACUCAUUAUAUUAACUUGUCAUAAAGAACUAAUGAAUACACAGAAUUGAAUUUUGUUUUUAGGAGAUUUUGUAUAAAUUGAUAUCUGAUCCAUACCUGGAUUUCAGAUUUCUCUUAAGUUAUGGCAGUCUGCAUGAUAUUGUUAGUAAUCUGACAUAAACUUUGUAUAAUAGAUAAAUACUUAAGCAAUUCUUAGUUUGUUCAAUAGUAAGUACAUAAGUUAAGCAAUGCAAACUUUGUUCAUUAGAUAAGUACUUAAGUUAAGCAGUGCUUACUUUGUUCAUUUGGUAUGUACUUAAGUUAAGAAUUGCACAUUUUUUCAUAAGUUAAGCAGUGCUUACUUUGUUCAUUAGAUAAAGUACUUAAGUAUUACAUAUUUUUUCAUUUAUUGGGUACUUGAGUUAGUUAGUACAAUCUUUGUAAUCAUUAAAAAAGUUCUUUAAGUGAUAAUACUGGUCAAAAUGGAUGCAAAAGUAAAGCUAAUAAAGUAUUGACUGUGUUAUAAGCAUAUUGUUCUUGCUUGAAAACUGAAAGAAGCACAGGUUCAGAUGAAUAUAGUUUCUGAAUUUUUUUACAGUUGAUAUGUCUUAAAAUUGUUCCAUUUUAAGCUGUGUUUAUUCUGGACACAGUUUUAGAGUUCCAUAAAAGUAUGAAAACAGUGGCAUAUGAUAUAAUUUGAAAUGAAAGGGGAAAAAAUGGCAAAUCAGUCAAAACGAAAAAAUUUAUAGUUCUUUUCAUUUGUUACAAGAAUUUACACCCUUUUCUAUUUGGAAACAUAAAAUAAGAACUCACAGAUGUUGUAAACAUUUGUUUUAUAAGUGUUUCUCUCACAGUGUGAUUUAAAUAUGUAUCUGCCAAUAUGCAAAUUUGCAAAUUACAAUUCCAUGCGAAAAAUUAGAGACAGGCAACAGAUAAUGGUUGUCAAAUUUUUAAAGUACAAAAUUAAAUCUAUUGGGUUUUAAAAAAAAUAUUUAUUUUGAAGGUGUUGAUUUAUAUAUGCCAAAUAAUUGUAUACAUUGUGUUAGGGCAUAAUUUUUAACAAUUUAUUAUUAUAAUGUUUUUCAUAUUGUUGACCAGUAAUAUUACAUGAAGAUAAACAGUGCAAACUUUAUUCAUUUAACACAGAUUUUUAAAUUAAAUAAUACCCAAUAUGUAUUAUUUUUAGAGAAUUUAGUUUAAUUAUUUUACUCUUAUAAGAAAUAAUGUACACAUUAUAUACACUAUGGAAACAGUUAUCUACAAAUUUUGCAACAAGUUAUGUAUGUGUAGGUUAAAAAACCAAAAGCAGUACCUUUUAAGUAUGUAGGUUCUUCUUUCUUUUAAGGAAAUUCUUCCAAUUCGAAAAAUCUGCCUAAAUGACCAAUACUCCCAUGGGUGAUGCUUUGGACAGGAAAAAUCCAAAUUAUAUUAAGUACCAGUCUUUAUGAUGAUAUGUUUAAGUAUGAUGAAUCCUUACUUGUGCCGAAAAGAAAAAAAAAAGAAAAACAGUAUCCAUGAAGCUAGAUUUUUCAUUCAUUCAUUCAUUUCUCUGUAUUUAUUAUGUUUUUUUACGUCAGAAACCAAUGUGCAGAAGUUGUUAUUAAUAUUUUGUUUAUUAUUGUUAUUGUUUGUAUAAAGGAAUCCAUUUUUUAUGAUGAUGCAUGAUUCAUUUAUGUAUUUUUGAUGAGUCGGCAGAUUUAGUUAUUUGAGAAACUUUCAAGCUGUGCUUGAGAACUACACCCCUUGUAUUAGGUUUUGUUUUGUCUCCUUGUAUGUUGUAAUUCUUUAAAAAAAAAUCUUAAUUUUUUGUUGUCAUGUUAUAUGUAGGCUUUUCAUAUUAAUUCUUGUAUAAACACGCAAGUUCUGUUUUGAAAAUCAUAUGUAAUGUUUAUAACAUUUUAGGUAGAUUCAAACAGUCCAUUUGUUAAAAUUGAAAAAAAAAAUGUAAGUGAACAUAAUGUUAUGUUCAAGAGAGAAAAAAAUUAAUCUUUCUUUAGAAUGAAUGGUUAUGGUUGUUUACUUCAAACCACUUGCCCCUCAAUGCUGUGGGUUUGAAUCCCACCAGGGACUUUAGAUUCUUUCAUGUGAGGAAGCUAUCUACUAGCUUACGGAACAUUAGUGGCUCAUCUCAGGUGCCUGUUUGUCCCUGAAAUAAUGCACAGAGGGGCACCUGAGGUCUUCCUCCAUCAGUAAAGCAGAAACGUCGCCAUAUGAUCUUUAAUGUGUUGGUGUGACGUCAAACCCAAUCAAAAAAUAGAAUAAGAUUUUAUGCUGUGAAAAGUUCUAAUAUGCUAAUAUGAUUUUUAAAGAUGAUUAAGUAGAAAAUUGUUUAAUUUUUAUAUAUAAUUGUGUUUAUAGUACACGUAUUAGUAAUGUCCCAUUAAACUCUGUCCAUGCCAGCAAUGAUAGUGACUUCUGUAUACCACGAGUAUAGAGCCCAGCUAACUUUCACAUCUGUAAUGUUUGACCAGGCUCUAUACUGUUGGUGGCAUAAUUUUAGUAUUUGAAAAAGAAAUCCCUUACAUUUACUAUGGACAGUUUCAAGUUCAAAGAAAGAUAAUACACGUAAGUUGACUAUACUUGUUGAGUAAUUUGUAAAUUUUAUGGAAUCUCUAUUAUUGUGUUAAAUGAUGUUGUUUUUGACUCAGCUUAAAUUCUUCACUAACUUGUACUCUGCUGGAAUUAAACAUUAUUUUGCCACCUAUAUAGAGUCGAACUAGACUGCACAUCUAUGUAGUCUGACUAGGCUGUAUACUGUUGGUAGCUCUAUUUUUGUAUUUUGAUAUUGAAAUCCCUAAAACUUAGAAUGAACUGUUCCAAAUUCAGUAUAAUUCAACAUGUUAAGGUCUAAAAUAACAUCUACACAGAAUGUAAAAAAAUUUAACAUUGAUAAUGACUAUUGUUGUUGUUGUUUUUUCAGUCUUCAAACAGAUAUUUGUACAUCUUUAUGUGAAGUUUAAAUGUAAAUAUUAAGUUACAUGCAGGAGGCACAAGUUUACAUAAUGAGCAACAUAGAAAUAUACUUUAUAAUAAUAUAGGUUCUGAUACUGUAUAAAUGCCAUGCAUGUUAUAUAAAACAGUAUUACAGGGGGGAAAAAUUAGGAAAAAGAAUAAGACAAAACUUACAAUGAUUCAUUUGUACACUAUGUGUAAAGACUGUAUUAAUUAUGCAUUUUAUUUCAAUCGGACUGCAAGUAAGGACUGUGAAUCUCUUUUUUAUAAAGGAGGAUAACAUUUAAAUUUUAUACAAGUUCUAGAACAUUGCUAUCAAGUCUGUUACAAUCAUGUUAACAAUUUUUAUGAAACAAAUUUUUCGAGAUAAUUAUUGAAAAGAAUUGUUUAAAUUUUUAUAGUCACAUGUUGUUUUUUAUGCUUUGACCAUGCAUACCCUUCACUCAGGGUCGUUAUAGAAAUGCCAUUUACUUUGUUCAUUUGGCAUGCCAUUACCUCAAGGUCACAGGCAUAUCUGUCAUUCAAGGUCAUUCAUUUAGCAUGACCAUCAGUCAAGGUCACAUACAUAAUAUUCAUUAAGUAUCCCGCACAAUAUUUGCACAUAAACUUUGUAAGCUAUUCAGUUGGUAUUACACGAGGUCACUGGAAUUUUGAUAAAUGAGUGACUCUUAUCAGGUUAUAUGACCAUUUCUUGUGCUUAUUUCUGCUUUGUCAUGUAAUGUUAUUUGAAAUAUGUUAUGUUGUAUAAAAGAUUGAUUUAUGUUUAUUUAUUUACAAUGAAUUUUAAAAAAGAGUUGAGAUACAAAUAAAACAUAUCCGUAUUGUUA